GACCUUCUCCAUGUCCCUUCUCUCACUUUGCUUGCUUCUUCAUUUCUUAUUAGCAAAGUGCUUAAGUCCCCUUGUCCCAGCUUUGUACAUAUUUGGAGAUUCACUUGUAGACAGUGGCAACAAUAAUCAUCUUCCCACAAGUGCGAAAGUGAACUUUAAACCAUAUGGCAUAGACUUCCCAGAAGGUCCAACAGGAAGAUUCACUAAUGGCAAGACUUCUGUAGAUUUUAUAGCUGAGUUUCUUGGGUUGCCUUUAGUUCCUCCAUACAAUGGUCUUUCAGUGGCUCAAAAGAGCGAGACAAUAACCGGAAUCAAUUAUGCAUCAGGAUCAGCUGGUAUCCUUCGAGAAACAGGAUCUGCACUGGGGAAGAAUUUAGCCUUAGAGGUACAAGUUGAGUUGUUCAAAGAAACUGUUAACAAUUACUUGCCAAAGAACUUCAAAACCAAGGAUCAGCUCUUGCAGUACUUAUCCAAAUCCAUUUUUGUGGUAUGCAUAGGAGGCAAUGACUAUAUCAACAACUAUAUACUACCGGCGCAAUACAACAGUAGUCGCCUAUAUCCCCCGGAACAAUAUGCAGGCAUUCUCUUAAAAGAAUUCAAACAACAUUUACAGGACAUUUAUAAUUUGGGAGCAAGGAAAUUUUUGGUAUUCAACAUCAGCCCAAUUGGGUGUAUACCAGCUAUGUUAAAAUUAAAAAAUCUUACAUUUGGAUGUGCCAAUGAUAUAAACCAGUUGGUAUCCCCCUACAAUGAGGGAUUUCCCAAUAUGUUACAAGAGCUGAGCACUACUCUUCAUGGCUCAACCUUUGUCCAUGGAAACAUUAAUUUUCCAUUAAGCCAUUUCUUGAACCACAAUCCUUUUAAAAAUGGGUUUAUUAGUGCAAACCCAUGUUGUAUCACAAACGAUGAAACUCAUCAAUGCCUUGAAGAUGAAGAACCUUGCAAUGAUAGAACUACACAUAUCUUCUGGGAUGCAGUUCAUCCAACACAACCUGUGAACUUGCUGCUUGCAACUAGUUGCUUCUAUGGUCUUCUGCCAUGUACUCCAAUAAAUGUGCUGGAGCUUGCACUGAAACAAGAAGGCACAUCUUCUCAGCAGGAUCAUUUUUCAUCUUAAAAGUAUUUAAUUGUUUGGAAGGUAUGAAAGGAACUAAAUUUGUAUUUUUUUGGGUCAGAAUGAAAUAAUAAAUUGUUGCAUCAAUCCAUUUGAUAUUA